AUGGCAUUGCUAUCGAAUAUUCCCAGCAUGUACCAGUCAUCGUCCUCGGAGAUGCUGAUGCCGGGAUACCCUGGAGCUAGAGGAUACGAGCCCCUCUAUCCAUCACCCUACAAUUCACCGGAUUAUGAUCACAUGUCGGGGACCUACAACGAGCACAAUCAUCAGGAUCCCAUGAUGACACCCAGGAGGAACAUCGAGUGCAAUGACAGCUACAGCGGUGAUAAUUGUCAAGAGUACGUCGUAAACGAUGGAUAUGAGAGAGAGCCCUAUGGAAUUCUCACACCAGUCACACCGCAGAGUUCCGUGGAGGAGAACUCUAUGGAUUAUCAAGCCCCUGUUUAUUGCUACGAGGGACAGGACCUGGGGUACACCCUAAAACACGAGAGGAGUCAAGAAGUUGUCGAUGAAUCCAGGAAAAAUUAUUGGGACACCCCUACACCGGUACAGGAUUCACCGACGUCAAGCCCUCGACGGGGCAGACGGCGAUCCCGCGAUGUCCCGCCAUCACCAGGUGUUCUAAAACGUCGAAGACUAGCAGCAAAUGCCCGAGAACGUAGACGAAUGAAUGGUUUGAACGAUGCAUUCGACAAACUGAGAGAAGUGGUACCAAGUCUCGGUGCUGAUCACAAAUUGAGUAAAUUUGAGACCCUCCAGAUGGCCCAGACCUACAUCGCCGCCCUGUGCGAUCUCCUAGAGCGACACGACAGCGAGAAUUGA